UGGAUGAUGUACUGGAUUGUGUUUGCCUUUUUCACCACUGCAGAAACACUCACAGACAUUGUUCUUUCUUGGUUUCCCUUUUAUUUCGAGCUGAAAAUUGCGUUUGUGAUUUGGCUGCUCUCCCCUUACACCAAGGGCUCCAGUGUCCUCUACAGGAAGUUUGUGCACCCAACGCUCUCCAAUAAGGAGAAGGAAAUUGAUGAAUACAUUACUCAGGCUCGUGACAAGAGCUAUGAAACCAUGAUGCGAGUUGGCAAGAGAGGGUUAAACCUUGCUGCCAAUGCAGCAGUUACUGCAGCUGCAAAGGGCCAGGGAGUUUUGUCUGAGAAGCUGCGAAGUUUCAGUAUGCAGGAUCUCACUCUGAUCCGAGAUGAAGAUACUGUGCAUAUGCAAAGCCAUGAGCCACAGCUGCGCCCCUCUGGUGGGAGUCUUCUUGAAACCAUUGAGGAUUCAGCUUCCUGUUACUCCUCAGGAGAGGAGAGCAGUGUAGCACAGAGGUCUAAUGGAACCCCGUUGGAGACUAGAACAGACCCAUCAGAUGAAGAUGCAGGAGACAAACUUCCUAAACGUAGCCAGAGUCUCAAAACUCCUAAGAAGAUAGUGAAAGCUGAGCUUCCAGGAAGAAGUGUGAAAGCCCGCCCUAAGAAGAAAGCUGCAGGCUGUCUUGCUUCUGGCGAGUCAUCCUAAGGAGACUUCCCCC